UUUUUUUUUCUCCCUUGUCACUGACUGAGCCUUAGAGGCCAUCAUUUGUUUCAACCCUGUCCUGUCUCAAGUGCAGUGUUACAAUUUUCUGUCUCCAUUCUGUUUUCGUCCUUCAUGAUCUAGCUUUCUCAUUGUAUACUGAAGGAGAUGGUUUCAACUAACGGCAUGGUCGCUCUCCAUCUUGCUUUGGUUCUACUUGCGUGUUACAAGAUAUGGUGGGCUGCUUUCUGGGUGAUGUUGGUUGUCUGCAGAUGUUUUAAAGAGUGGGAGGAACAAGGGGUUAGGUGUAUCUGCUCGUCUUGCCGACUACAGGGGCUUUUUGUUGUUUUAAUACCACAUACCACUGUCCCUUCCGAUGUGCUUAUCUGCUUACUGGAGUUUGUUGGAUAUGUUUGGACACACAAAGAAAGUUUGGCUAGGUAGUUAGGGGUGUAGCAGCCUGUGAUUUUCCAAGGAGAUGGAACGGGCUCAAUACAAGGCUUUGUAGCGAUCUUCUGAGUUCCAAU